AUGAAAUCCCUCCCCCUCCUCACCACCCUCCUCCUAACCCUAACCACAACGCCAACAACGCAAGCAUGGACCUUCACCUGGCGCAACGCUUCCAACACCCCCUUCAUGGAACGCAGCACCUCGCCCGCCCCCUGCACGUCAAUCGACCAAGCAGAAGGCAAACAAUUCGUCUUCGAGCCCGAUAACAGCCCUUACUCGUUCUACAUCUGGUCCAACGACAACUGCUCCGGGUCCUACAGCGGGUUCACGCCGCCGUCGCGGUGGGCCAAGAAGGCCUCGACUGAUUUGCGUUCGUAUAUGGUUAAUUAUGGGGGGAAUGAUGGACCGUCGACGACCGCCGUUGCUUCUUCUUCUUCUACUACUUCUACUUCCACUACCUCUUCGUCUUCGACGGGGACUUCUACGGGGGGCAGUACCACUGCUACCACUACCGCAUCGACGAGUGCGACAUCCUCACCCGGGAAUUCAUCCAGUUCAUCCUCGGGGAUAUCCGGCGGAGCAGUAGCGGGGAUAGUAAUCGGUGUGGUAGCAGGUAUAGCGGUAGUGGGCGGAGCGUUUUGGCUUGGACGACGACGCCGAGGCGGAUCUGGGGGCAAUCCUCCCGGCAAUGCAGGGCAGGGAUUCGGGUCUGCGUCGGGAUUGGGUCCUGGAGCGGGAUAUGUGCAGCCGGGGACGCCGAUUGGGGGGUCCGAUGCGGGUGGUUAUAUGGGGGCAGAGGUAGCAAAGGGAUCUCUACCUUACAUGUAUGAGAAUCAUCCGAUGAGUCCGGUUCCUGCGUAUCAGCCGCCUGUGGGACAGCAUUUUGCGGAGUUGCCGGGGGAGAGCGUGCGGGUGGAGAUGAGCGAUACGUCCAGGGUGAAUGAGUUGGAGGGCAGUGGAAAGCGGUGA